UACUGUAGUUACAUGGUCCCUGUCUUCAAAACUGAGUGUGGCAGUAGCUGAUUUUCUGGCUUUAGUCUCCCUGUAGAAAUGUUGAAACAGGUGCUGAUACUGUUCAGGUGAUAAAGCCUCAAGUCUAUGCUGAGAUGCUGCACAGUGUGUUUAGGAGUUCAGGACGGUGCAUCUCUCAGACAGAAGAACAUACUGCUGACCUCUCGUUGGUGUCCAGAGAUACUGACUCAGAUGGACACAGCAGUGAAGCGUAUGGAGCCAUGGAAGAUAGCAGUCAUCGUUGUGUCAGUAAUAGUUGGUCUGGCCAUUGUCAUUGGCUUGAUUACAUAUUUUUUAUGCCAUUAUCAGAACAGAUAUUACAAUGCAGCUUUCCUUAUCACCAACAUCCAGUAUGACACUCGGUACGAAAGGCAAACCACAGAAGAAUUCAGAUACCUGAGCCAAGAGAUUGAAAACAUGAUGUCUACAGUAUUUAAGAAGUCCAUUCUAAGUCAAAGGUACAUCAGGUCCCAUGUUGUCAGUCUAAGCCCAGAUCCUGGCGGAGUGCUUGUAUCUGUUGCUCUGGUAUUUAAAUUUCCCUCAGCUGAUAGUACAGCAACAUGCUGGAGUCGUGUCAACAGUGUGUUACGCAGAAGGCUGAAAACAAGCUCAACGUCAUUGAAUGUUGACCAGUCUACUAUAACUCUCACAGAGUUGAAUGAGGACAAGGGAGAUACACUUUUAAACAACUUCUGUGGAAUACGAAGGGAGACAUUCUCCUUCUCAGGAGUGGAAAGAAUAAUCGGCGGGCAGCGUGCACAGGAUGGGGAAUGGCCAUGGCAAGCUAGUAUUCAGCUCGAUGGGACCCAUCGCUGUGGUGCAUCAGUGAUCAGUAAUACAUGGCUAGUGACUGCAGCCCACUGCUUUAGAGGAGCAAAAGAGCCUCGGAGGUGGACAGCCAGCUUUGGAAUUCUGCUGAGACCUCCGAAACAGAAAAAAUACGUCCGAAGAAUUAUCGUUCAUGAAAAAUACAGCGAAUUUCUCCUCGAUCACGAGUAUGAUGUGGCUGUUGUGGAACUUGCCUCCCCUAUUGAGUUCACAAAUGAUGUACACAGCGUCUGUCUUCCUGAAGCAUCUCAUGUAUUCCGGGAUAACGCUUCUUGUUUUGUCACAGGCUGGGGAGCUUUGGAGAACGAUGGCUAUAGUGUUAAUCAACUUCGACAAGCAGAAGUGAAAAUUAUAAGCACCAAGAUUUGUAAUAGGAGGGAAGUGUAUGGUGGAGCAGUAACACCUGGAAUGUUGUGUGCUGGAUACUUAGAGGGACAGGUAGAUGCUUGCCAGGGUGACUCUGGUGGGCCACUGGUGCAUGCAAACUCCAGAGGAAUCUGGUAUCUCGUGGGAAUAGUGAGCUGGGGAGAUGACUGUGGCAAGCCAAAUAAACCAGGAGUAUACACACGAGUGACUUAUUAUCGAGACUGGAUCGCUUCCCAAACGGGCAUCUGAAACCUGCAGUGGCUUACGUUUUGUGGGCUGUGUGUAAGGCUAUUCCUCUGACACAUUCUGCUCUGUGGUUACCCUCUAAACAGCUGCUGGCUUGGCUUGUGGUGAUGUAUCAAGUGCCAGCAAGCUCAGAGUAGUCUAGGACUUGAAAUUGGUUUGGCCUACCUCCAGAAAGGAACGGACUCAAUUCGUGUGACAGAGCUGUUUGUUCACAAAGUAUUCUGUCAAAGGGGCAAAGGCUUUGGUUUAUGUGCAACAUGCUGACCCUCUUCUCUGUGUCCAAAAGUCUUGGCCACUACUUUUAUAACCACGCAAAGCAUCUGAGCCUAAACAAUUAUUUAUCAGCAUCCAAGAGAAGUCAUAACUAAAAUAUUGCCCAUCUGUGUGCUGUGUGUUCCCAAGGCCCCUCCUAUCUGUAGACCAGCUGUAAUUGAGCCUGUGACUCCAAGGCUGCUGCACUUCUGAAUACUCCUUGAGCUCUUUUCCUGCAAUGUUCCAGGGAGCAUACUGUAAUAAUGAACAGAAGAUGGCUUAGAGAUAUUCCAGUUCCUAGUAUCAUGUCAGCUACCUAGGUGAACUGAGAAGUUUUCUUUACCGUGUUAUCCUGAAGAAGUGAUUGCUGAGAGACAUCAACUUCUGUCCAUGUUCUCUGAACAAGUGUGUCCACUUCACGCUUUGUAUGAACUAUACAUACCACGGCAUUUGCCACAAGUGAUUGCUGGAUUUGAGACUGAAAACCACUUUGUUUUCAUGCCAUUCUGUUGUCAUAUCAGAAUAUUUGGCUGAAUGAAUUUCCAUUUUAAAACUUUCCAGAUUGUAUUGUUUUUAAUAAAAGUCCUUGGCUUUUUGUGCAGGA